CCCGGCCUCGCUGUCCCUGCAGAGUCUUGUCUUAAAUCGUUCCACCGCCUCUCCUUCUCUUCCCCCUCCAGGGCCACCAUUCCGUCUGAGGAAGAGUUCAUCCGUCAUCCUAGCAGAGACCGGGUUCUCCAAGUUUCUCUAUCGUGCAAGAUACAUACAUUGCAUUCAAGACAUUGACGCCUGACGGUCCAGCCUAACCAGCAACACAGGACACAGGACACAGGACAUCAUGCUGUCGUUAUCUUCUUUACUUAACCCUACGCCGCCGAGGCCUCCUCCUCAUGCUCCUCCUCUCCCCGUGCCCCAGUUCCUGCCCAGUCCUACGAUCUCGUCACCAGCUACCUCGUACACGGACGAAGUGUCGUCGUCUCGACUCGACCGGGGGCCCGUUUUCACCAAGUUCAAGAUGCCCAAGGACUCGGUUUCCAUAUCCAAAUCCAAACCCCGGGGCACGAUCAACUUCUAUCCGUUUGAGGAUGUCGACGAGGCCGCUCUUCAGGAGAUCCGGAGGUUCCGCGUCACCCCUUUCGGACAGAUACAGAACUCCUGCGCCCAUAUUCCAUACAACAGCGGGAAGAAGGACUUUUACGAGAAGACAGGCCGGGAGAGCUUCGAAGUAUUCAAGUACGACUUCAGAGUACCAGGGAGCGACGCCGAGUACACCGUCAUGUGGGAUUACAAUGUUGGUCUCGUUCGCAUGACUCCCUUCUUCAAGUGCUGCAAAUAUGGCAAGACCGUACCAGCGAAGAUGCUAAGCAUGAACCCCGGCCUCAAGGACGUUACGCACAGCAUAACAGGCGGUGCCAUCUCAGCGCAAGGUUACUGGAUGCCUUAUAAGUGCGCCAAGGCUGUUUGUGCUACGUUCUGUUACGAGAUUGCAGGUGCCCUGAUUCCCAUCUUCGGACCCUCGUUCCCAGCACGGUGUAUCCCCCCCGGGGCACCCGACUUUCAACGUAUGAUUAUCGACCCUCGCAUCAUCUACGAAGCGCAGAGAGAAGCAGAGAUAUGGCGGCGCGAUUAUCACCGGGGAACCAUUUCGAGCGGCGUCGGGUACACCAGCCUCCCCGCUCCAACUCCAAGCCCGGGGCGGUCAGAUCGCCGGCCGGUACGGGCGAUGCGCGAAACGGAACGUCGCUUACGCGUAGACACGCGUAUGCUCAGCCUCAGCACUUACAGCACUGACACAGAUGCCGACGGGCAUCUUUCAGGCCCCGACUCGGCAUCGAGCUCCAGCUCCGGCCCACCGGGAUACGCCUACCAGUACCAGCCAGUGCCCCAAGUCCCGGACCACCGACAUGGUUCGGGCUGGACAGCCGUCAACCCUACAUACCCUCCGACGACGGUGCCUCCAUCACAUCAGCCUCCCAGUAUGUUCCGUGACCACCACCACCAUCAUCAUCAGCAGCAGCAGGGAUAUCAGCAGCCACCACCCAACCCAUUACUCAGCGCUGUGCCGCGAUUCGCACCACCGCAGCUUCCUCUCUCCUUCCAUCACACGCUUUCCCACCACCCGCCAACGCAAGGGCACAGACACGGGCAUACGCACGCGCCCCGAAGCCAGCCGUCAUCGCUACCCCGGACCACUUGGCCUGCGAAACGGCCGAUCGUCCACGACGACCUCGAUCAGGGGUACGAAGGCGGGGAGAGCCAAAGGGGAAGCCCGGCGCUGGAAUACAUUGCACAGAAGCGGAGAGAGGAGGAGAGGGGCCAGGGCCAGGGUCAGGGUCAGGGUCAGGGUCCGCCGGGGCUGGACCUCGCGGAAAAGAAGGCGGCGCUGCUUUUGAUGAAUCUAAGCGUCCAGGACCAGGUUUUGGCGGCGGCGGCGGCGGGAGAAUGCAGCGGAGGCGGACGAAAAGAAAAUGGCGAGGGGUCCCCGGAUUCACAUCGAAGUAAGCGGAGAAGAGCUACGUCUUUUUGAUGGGGGGGG